UUUCGUUCAGUUUUGACAGGUCUCUUGAAUAGUUGAACGACGUCUGACAACAUACGUCAAGAAAAAUGGAUUGGCUUCCUCUUGCUCUUAGUUUAUUAUGUUUCGUUUGUAACAUACCUUCUGGAAUCGGUAAAGUGCUGGAACUUAGCGAUAGAUUCCUUGAAGUUCACAAUGAAGGAGCCUGGUUUGUCAUGUUUUAUGCACCCUGGUGUGGUCACUGCAAAAAACUUGAGCCUGUGUGGAACCAAGUUUCACAGUCAUUAUACCCUCCUGUUGUAAGGGUUGCUCAAGUGGAUUGCACUCGGUUCCCCAAUGUGGCUUCGGAAUUUAAAGUGAAAGGAUUUCCCACUCUGAUAUUUAUGAAGAAUGGAGAGACUUUCCACUACAAGGGAGAGAGAUCUCGAGAAAACUUGGUUGACUAUGCUGAGCGGAUGGCUCUACCUCCCAUCCAAGUCAUUGGUGACUCUAACACCAUGAAAGACAAAAUCAACUCAAAGCAGAAUUUUUUCCUUUAUGCUGGGGACAAUGCUGGAUCUACUUGGGAAGCGUUCAAUGUGACGGCGUAUGAAUUUCAACCAUACAUCUAUUUUUACUCUAUUUCGCUCCCUGUUUUAUUAUCGAGUGGUAUAGAAACCGUCGACCAUGCACCUAGUGUGAUGGUUUUCAAAGACGGCACCCAUUAUAUUUACAAAAAUGAGAAGCCGGUUGCUCUGGAAAACCGUUUCGAAGGGGAAGAAAGCGAGACAACCCCAGCCCAAACUGAACUAAGUAAUUUGAGAGACUGGAUCAAUCAUGAGAGAUUCCCGAAUGUGGUUGAAAUCAGCAGUGGAAACUUCCAUCAAGUCAUGAAAAUAAAAAAAUACAUCGUUUUGGUUGUUACCGAAGUGGACAAAGUUGGCAGGAUGCCAAAGCCCAUGAGAGAUUACAAAGACACAAUAGAGCGAUUUGCUGAAACAUAUCAUAGCAUCUAUCAUGACAAUUUCCUCUUUGGUUGGACUGGGUCACCCGAAUUAGCCAAUUCCAUAGCCAUGACAACCCUACCAGUGCCAAGUUUAAUCGUCAUUAACGCGACCAAUUACCUUCACCACAUCCCUGAAAAACAUAUGGAAAUAUUGACCCCUGAAACCUUGGCUGAUUUCCUCAACCGAAUUCUUCAAAAUGACAUGGAGGCGUACGGCGGCAUGGGUGUGAUGGCGCGAGCAAUGCGCAUGUACUACGAAGCAACGACUACUUUGAGCGGCAUGUGGUACGGCAACCCAGUUCUCACCAGCGUCAUCAUUGGACUCCCCUUGGGCUUCCUCAGCCUCAUCUGCUACUCUAUGUGGUGUGCCGAUAUCAUGGACGCAUCUGAAGAUGAGCAAAAUGUUCGGGAAAAAGAGGAUUAGGAAGCAUAUCUCUAUAUAGAAACAAUCUUCUCUCUCCUCGUUUCCCCUUCGUAUUUCUAGUCACCACGUGAUGUUCAGCAGCUGCUGGUUUAUUUUUGUGAAUCGCAUCGUCAGUGUGCCAAGUCUCAAGUGUUUGGAUGCCACCAAGACCUUCUCUUAUUCUUCGUCCAGCAGCCGCGCCCGCAUCUCUACCAUUUGUUCCCAUUUUGUGGUUUUCCUCACCACGCCCAUCGUAUUGAUUUUGGUCAGCGUGACGUACUUACAUCGCUCCAUACUCUACCGCAGCAGCAAAUUCCAUACUUUCCGAUGACAAGUCUUUGGUGAAAAUUUGUCUUUUGGUGAAUCACAUCUAAAAUGAUUGGACACUUUCUGUUGACUCAACAUUGACCGAUGAGUAAACAUGAAAAUGGACAAAAUA